UCAAAAGCUUGGAGCCAGCAAUAAUCAGCUAAGAGAGUCACACACACGAGAAAAAUCAUAUCGACCAUGGCUACGACAAGAAGAACCAUUAGGGUUCUCAUGCUUCCAUGGCUCGCUCAUGGUCACAUAGGUCCAUUUCUAGAGCUAGCCAAGAAGCUCUCAAAGAGGAACUUCCACAUCUUCCUAUGUUCAAGUCCUGUCAACCUUAGCUCCAUCGAAAUCCCUCAUGAAUAUUGCUCCACCAUUGAGCUAGUAGAGCUCCAUGUCCCAUCUUUGCCUGGUCUCCCUCCUCAAUACCACACAACUAGGGGCUUACCGCCUCACCUUAUGCCGAAACUCAAGACAGCCUUCGACAUGGCUGGCCCUAACCUCUCCGACAUCAUCGCUGAUCGCCAACCCAAUUUGCUUAUCUUCGAUUAUCUCCUCUCAUGGGCGCCUGAAAUUGCGAGGUCGCAUGGCAUCCCGGCGGUCAACUUCUCGAGCGUGGCAGCAGGGAUGAGCACAUACGUGUUCCACUCCAUCAAGAGGCCGGGCGAUGAGUAUCCUUUCAAGGCGAUUCGUCUUCAAGACCAUUGGAUGGAAAAAUAUAGGAACCAAGUAGAAGAAGCAUCAGAGAGUGGCAUGAGCACCACGGAAAGGGUCGUGCAGUGCAUGAACCAUUCAUCGGGCCUAAUUUUCAUGAAGACCUUCAGGGAAUUGGAGGGCAAAUACAUUGACUACCUAAGUGAUCUUUUGGGGAAGAAAGUCGUGCCCGUUGGCCCACUAGUUCAAGACCCUGUCCAAGAGGAUGGGAAUCACAUAAUUGAGUGGCUUGAUCAAAAGGAAAGAUCGUCGACCAUAUUCGUGUCCUUCGGCACGGAAUACUUCCUCACAGAGAAGGAAAGAGAAGAGAUAGUCUAUGGGUUGGAGCUUAGCAAUGUCAACUUCAUUUGGGUGGUUAAAUUUCCUGUUGAAGAGCACAUCAAUCUUGAAGAGGCACUUCCUGAGGGAUUUCUUGAAAGGGUGAGAGAUAGAGGACGUGUGAUAGAGGGAUGGGCACCGCAAGCUAGAAUUCUUGCACAUCCAAGCGUGGGUGGUUUUGUGAGUCACUGUGGAUGGAGUUCGGUCAUGGAAAGCAUGAAGUUUGGAGUCCCAAUCAUCGCGAUGCCGAUGCAUCUCGACCAGCCGCUCAAUGCGAGGCUCGUUGAGGACAUCGGCGUCGGAUUGGAGGUGAUGAGGAAUGAGAGUGGAGAGCUUGAGAGAGAGGAGAUUGCGAAGGUGAUCAAGGCUGUUGUGGUGGAGGAAGGUGGGGAGUGUGUGAGGAAUAGGGUCAAGGAAGUGAGUAUCGGCAUUAGGAGCAAAGGAGAUGAAGAGAUUGAUGAAGUGGAGGAUGCGAUUGUGAAGCUUUGUGGAGUAGCGACUGGUAGCGUUUGACUGUCCGUUGAGUUCCUGUUGUAGCUUUCAUAAUUAUGUAUGCCGAGGUCAAAAUUUUUAUCGCGCUGCUCUUUCCUAGAGUAGCUUGUGUUUGGAUUACAAUCCAGACGCACGUCCCCAUUGUAUGAGAGAAGAAUAAAAUUCUAUUUUCUGAAA